AUGCGUACCCCGAGAAUCGCCAUCCUCGUCCUCUUCUUCGUCGCCUCCCUCUUUCUCUUAUGCCGAUCCGUCACCUCGCUGGCCCGCUCCAACACCGUCGUCGCUCCCGCCGUCGUCCCGCCAUCGCGCUUCACCAGUUUCUUCUCCUUCACGGCCCCCUUUUCAAUCUUCACACCAAAUGCUGCCAUCAGCCUGACGGAUGACAACAGCACCUCCUUCGUCGCUCGUCCCGCCGCCUUCGGCCCGAACCUUCCCUCCAAGGGUCUGAGCGGUCAAUUAUGGAUUGGCAGCGGCUUCGCCGACGAUAAUCUCCAGGAAGGCGAGGGCGAGGGCGAGCUUGGCUGCAGCGACAUCCCCGGCUGGGAGGACGGCAAGUCGAAUCCCAUCCUCAAGUCUGCCACCAAGGGUGUGUCGAAGGCGGACGCAAAGGUUGCCACUGCUGCUGGCAAGCCUAGCCACCACAAGCGGGACAAGACCGAUAAGGACGCCGUCCCCGACGAUACCGUCCCCCCGCCAGGGACCCGACUCAAGUCCAAGAUCCGUCCUCUUGACGACGGCACCGACGACUACCUUCACCAGGGCCUCGCCAGGAGGCCUCAGCCGAACCACGAUAGCGCUCUGUCCACCGAGUCGACCCACGCCGAUAUCCAGUCGAUACAAGAGGCCGCGGAGAUCGCCGGGAAGAUUGUGCUGCUCAGCCGUGGCGGCUGCGGUUUCCUCGAGAAGGUCAAAUGGGCGCAGCGACGCGGCGCCAUCGCCCUCAUUGUCGGCGAUAACCAGAAGGGCGGCCCUUUGAUCCAAAUGUUCGCCAGAGGCGACACUUCCAACGUCUCCAUCCCCUCCGUCUUUACCGCACGGACCACAGCCCACCUUCUUUCCUCUCUCACCCAGCCCGGCAGCUUCAUCGAGGACACCAUCGACGAGCAUGGGCGCCCCGCCUUGAAGGUCUUGAAGUCGGACGGCACGAACCGGAAGAACCGGAAGAACAAGCUGAAAGCCGCAGCGACUACCCCGACCCCAACAGCAAAGGCAACAACCACCCCGAAGGCUCAGGCGCCCAAGAAGGGGAAGCCGGCAAAGACCGAAGAGAACAAGCCCCGAGUUGGCUGGUUCAAGUGGCUCUUUACUUGGGGCCGCCGAAGCGGGUCUGGCGACAACAGCAUCCAACCUCCGAGCAGCGGGCGCCAUAACUGGGUGCUCGUUGACGACUGGAGCGAGGAGAAGGACAAGAUCAUUCGCGAUGGGCUUGGAAAGGCUGCCAAGCGAGGCAAGGGGAAGACCGCCGACUCUCGCAAGGCGGAGGACAGCUUCCAGAUUGGCGUCCAGGACUGGCGCGAUCCCGAUCUCGUGGAUGCCCCGGGAACCAAGGACACGGAGGACGGCCUCAAGGUGGAGACGGGGACCAAGGUUAACGCGAAGAACGGGAAAGAUAUCAGCGGUCCCAAGGGAGGCAGCAUCACCCCGGGCAGUGGGGAGUACAACCCCGACCUACCACCAGUCGAGGUCAAGGGCUCUGCUCCCGGAAAGGAUUCGUCUUCGCGUAGCGGCCUCAUUUCAAAGAUCUUCGGCGACGACGACGGCGCCGAUUUCUCCAAAGAGGAGAAGACCAAGGAACCGCCCAGGCCGGAAGAACCGAUCCCUGACGACGACGAGCCCGUCGGCCAUGACGGUCUCUGGGUGACCAUCACUCCUUCCAGCAGUUCUAGUCCAUUCUUUGACACGUUGCUGGUGCUCGUCAUCAGCCCUCUGAUAACAUUGAGCGUAGUCUACGCCCUACUUAUCCUCCGCGCGCGUAUCCGCAGAAGACGCUGGAGGGCGCCCAAGUCCGUCGUCGAGCGCCUGCCCGUGCGGACGUACCACACCGUCGCCGCGUCGCCGGUGCCCUCUCCGAGAAUACCUUCGCCGACCACCGCGACCCCCACCACGCCCCUUCUUCAACAGACUCCCUCUCGGCCUCGACCUCGCUCUAGAACAACGACGGGAAUCCCCGAGUCGGAGAGUCUCUUGUCUGUCAACUCUGCCCUGCAAAUGCCCAGAUCGCCAUCGCGUGCAGAACACGAGAAGGCUAACGGAAGCUACUCUAGUGAGUGGAAGAAGUACAUGGGCCGUCAAGUCGAGUGUGUGGUUUGUUUGGAGGAGUACGUGGACGGCGUUAGCCGCGUGAUGAGCUUGCCUUGCGGCCACGAGUUCCACGCGGAGUGCAUCACGCCUUGGCUGACCACACGCCGUCGUACAUGCCCCAUCUGCAAGGGCGACGUCGUUCGAUCACUCGCGCGCGGCUCACCAUCCAGCCCCCGCUACGAACCUUAUCACGACGACUCCGACGAAGAGGUUGAAGCCGAAGGCUCCGGCUCACGAGACAGAGACGACGACGUGGAGCAGGGCAUCCUCUCCCCGGCACCGAGAGGCCGCCAGAGCAGACAGGAAGGGUGGCUGGGCAUGCUGUCAAGCUCGUUUGCAUCCUCAUCCCGGUCCAGUCGGCCGCCGCAAGAGGACCGCGACAGGUAG